AUGUCUUCAGAUCCAGAUUUUGAUGAUCUCAAUGGUUAUCAAGCUGAUACCAGUAUCAAUACCAAUGAUUCCAAUGACACCCGCUCUAGUACACCUGUCAUGACUCUGUCAGACGACCUGCUUUCCAAUCCUGCAUGUUGGCCUACUCACCAUGCUGACAGGAUUCGCGCACGUCUGUUGUCACUAAUGGAAUUACUGAUUGUACCUACAACUACACCUUCGAAAGAAGAUCCGAGCAGUGUCAUGGAGCCUGAAAGCAAAAUCGAAGAACCACCACCUGUUCCUCCUCCUCCUCCUCAAGAAGAUCCCAGCAGCAUCACGGAACCGGAAAGCGAGCCCGAGGAACCACCGAUCAAGAAUCUUCCCCCGAUCAAGCAUCCUCCCCCCAAAGACGAUCCCAGCAGCGUCAUGGAACCAGAAAGCGAGCCCGAGGAACCACCAAUCAAGACUCCAAUCAAGGGCGCAACUACCACUCCCAAAAAGAAGAGCUUCUUUGACACUCCGAGUCCCCCAGGACCUGACUCGUUGUAUUGGAAGUUAGGAACAGAUCAGAGUUUUGACACAGUUCGCAAAAUCAAGGCGGAGUUGCGUGACCUCCAUUAA